GGGGCGGAGGCAGCGGCCCUUGGGAGGAGAAAAUGGCGAGGAGAAAGUUGCUCUUAUUCUUGAAGCCAUUUGAUGUCUACCCAGCAAGCCAAUCAAACAGCCGUUCGCGCUUUACCAACAAUCCUCAGAUUCUCCAUUAUCUGGAUGAUAGGCUUAAGGUGCACAAGGAGGCUAUAAGCUUUUGUCAGAAAAUUCUGCAAAAAAAAUCUGUUGAUUGGGAACCCAUAUUUCGUAACAAGUUAUCACAACCAAUACGUGAUGUCGAUUUGGUUGUUACAGUUGGUGGUGAUGGCACCCUCUUGCAGGCCAGCCAUCUAAUAGAUGACUCGGUCCCUAUUUUGGGAGUGAAUUCUGAUCCCACACAAGCUGAAGAGGUGCAAGAAUACUGUGGUGAGUUUGAUGCUACUAGAAGCACUGGCUAUUUGUGUGCAGCAAAUGUCAAAAACUUUGAACAAAUACUAGACAGCAUCCUAGAGGGCCAAACUGUACCUUCUAAAUUGUCGAGGAUGUCAAUAUGCAUAAAUUUGAAACUGCUGUCUACAUAUGCUCUUAAUGAUAUCUUGAUUGCACACCCUUGUCCUGCAACAGUUUCUCGGUUCUCAUUCAAAAUUAAAAGAGGUGACCAGCCAUGUUCUCCCCUAGUGAACUGCCGAUCAAGUGGUCUCAGAGUCUCAACAGCUGCUGGAUCCACAGCUGCCAUGCUUUCAGCAGGUGGUUUCGCAAUGCCCAUUUUGUCUCAGGACCUCCAAUACAUGGUAAGAGAGCCCAUUUCCCCUGGAGCAGCUGUUUCUGGUUUAAUGCAUGGAUUAAUCACAUCCGAUCAGUCUAUGGAUCUUUCUUGGUUUGGUAAAGAGGGUUUGAUCUACGUUGAUGGUUCUCACGUUUUCUAUCCUGUGCAAAACGGGGAUACCAUAGAAAUAUCUUCUAGGGCCCCAGUUUUGCCGGUUUUCUUGCCUUCCCCUUUGUUGUCGGAAAACAAAUUACCGGGCUGUUAAGGCACACACACUUAUUCAAAAGAUAGUGAUGUUUUGGAACUGAGUUAUAGCAAAGAUGAAGACCUUGUAAAUUCAGAAAGCUAGAUAUGGGGAUAUUUCUUUUUCAAUUCCUUCAUAGACAUUAAUUUUUGGGUUCAUUUGGUUGAAAGCCAGGAAUACGAACAUGUUGGUUCAGCAUGAGGAGUGGUCGGAUAAGGCUGGAAGCCUUUAGGAAUUACUAAACUGACAAUGUGCAU